AUGUAUUUCACCCUCUACUACAUAGUCACUCGCCUCCCUGACUCUCUCUGCGUAGACAAGGACCACUUCCUCGAAGUUUGCCCCACCACUCUCACCACUGACCUCCUUGAGAAGAGCCUCCUAGCAGCAAAGAAGAGCAUAGUCGCUGUAGGAGCCUCUCGUGGUGACCCUCGCACCCCCGUCUUUGAGAGUCGGUCGGCGUUGCGUCUGCCCCUAGCGAGAAACGCGGCAAGGGAGGCAAGGGCACUGGAGGGGCUAGCGGGGGCGGUGGAGGUGGUGGUGGAGGCAGUGGAGGGGCUGGCGGUGGUGGUGGGAGUGGUGGCGAGGGUGGCGGCGGCAGCGGUAGCAUUGAAGGCGGAGGAGGCGGCAGUGGUGGCGGAGGGAGCGGAGGCGGCGGAGGUGGCGGAGGAGGCGGAGGUGAAGGAGGUGGUGGAGGCGGCAGCGGUGGCGGUGGUGGAGCGGGUCGCAACUCUGCGUAAAGGAGUGGGUCAGCGCGGUGGGGGUACUGGUCCCUGCACUUACGUCCUCCGUACCUGCGACCUAACUGGUGAGCAGUGGGCAGGCCUGCACUCCACCCAGCGCUGCUUCGAUCGCCUGACGGACGCGUGGCAUCUCCAGUUCCCUGAGGCGUCAGAUAUCCCUCGCUGGGGAGAUCUGUCUAGGGCGGGGGUUGCCAUCUUUGAUCUUGACUAUGAUGCUAUCCUUGCUGCCAUGUAUGCUGUGACUACUAGUGUUUAG